AUGUCAACCAGCACUGCCUCAAAGUACGCCAAUUUACCUGACAUUGACCGCGAGCAGCCGGACGUGUAUGAGACUCCUGAUGUGCCGCAAGAUGAGAUGAAUUUGGACGAGCCCGAGGUGCCGGUGUCCGAGGAUAUCUCGACCUCGGCGGUUUCCUCGUCUGGCGAUGUGGAUAGUGCAACAGCACUGAAAAAGUACCAGAGCUCGCUCCUGCGCACCCUGCAGCUGGAGUCGCUGUCUGGCGACCUGGAGGUAUCGUCGCAGUCGGCACUGAGCGAGACGCCCGAACAGAGGCUGCGGCGGCUGGUGUUUGAGACGCAGGAGCUGCGUGCGCAGCUGGAGCAGGAUGGGAACGGGAAGCAGGAGAAGAAGGCUGUUGCUCUGAUGCAGCUGGCCAGUGGGCUGCAGGAAGAGCUGGGCCAGCUCUCUGAGAGCGCUCCAGAAGCCCCGGCUAAGCGACCGGUGCGGGCAGUCGGCGGCCAGGACGUGGCGGUUAUGGAGAAGCGGAUUGCGGCACUGGAAAAGACACUGGGCGCAAAGGAUUCGGCGACGGGCCCAGCGCUGGUUGACGCUGUAGCGCGCCUGCGGCAGCAGCUGGAUGUGAUUGCGGACCCGCAGCGCAUUGAGGGUAUCCAGAGGCGCGUCAAGCAGGCGCUGAUAGAUUUUGACCGGCUGGAUCAUGCGCAGACGCAGGCGAUUAAGGCAGCUGAGGGCGAGCGCAGCGCGGGCCUGGAUGCCAAUGCGGUGAAGCGCAUUGAUGAGCUGUACGAGAAGUUCUCCAACAUUGACUCACUUUCGCUGGCGACCCUGCACGUCGAGGCAUCCGAGGCAGUCGCGCGCAUCGGGAAGAUCGAGAAGGAGCAAGGCAGCAUGACCGAGGAGCUGUCGACUGUCAAGGAAAUCGCUAGUAGUCUGCGCGACUCGAUCUCCGAGAACACCAGCACACUGAAGGAAAAUGUCAAGUACCUGGACGACCGCAUUGCCAAGCUUAAUGAACGCAUCUCGGCUUUAUAA